AUGCGGUCGGCGAUGGGGUCAGAAUGCUCGUAUGAUCGAGGGCUUUUCGAUGGAUCUAUCGGCGGGUUCUUAUUCGAAAAAUUGAGCGAGUUCGUGGUGGAGCGGUUGUAG